AUGGACGAUCGACAGUUGGACUUCACACGAACGAUGGAUGUCCGGAGAUGGUCAACGUACGAAAGUAGAUUGCCUGCGGUCGACAUCAGCGACAAAACAAUUAGAGAAGAGCUGCCGCUAAUGGAAGCCGGUACAAGCACCGACAUCCCUCGACCAGCCUUCGGGUCGAUGCCCUUCUUUCCAGCGUCCGCUUCCGAGGGUCCCGAUAUAUGUGCCUACAUCCUAACAACCAUCUCGAUCCUCAUAAUUAUGAUGACAUUCCCUUUUUCACUUAUUUUUUGCAUAAAGGUUGUUCAAGAAUACGAGAGAGCAGUCAUAUUCAGAUUGGGUCGAUUGCUACGAGGAGGUGCCAAAGGUCCAGGUAUCUUCUUCAUAAUACCGUGCAUCGACACCUACUGUAAGGUGGAUCUUCGUACCGUGUCAUUUGACGUUCCUCCGCAGGAAGGGCAAGCUGACCCGUUCCGUGCUGAGACGGCGCCUGCAUAUCUAUCGGCGUUCAUCCCAACUGAACCGCCCCCGCCGUUAGCGGAGGACGUAUACUAUGGGGUGCCACCCUUAACAAAUACAUACGCAUGGAUUUUGUCCAAGGAUUCAGUGACAGUGGCGGUGGAUGCCGUGGUAUACUACCGCAUCUCAAACGCCACCAUUGCCGUCUCCAACGUGGAGGAUUACGGACACUCGACGCGACUGUUGGCGGCCACUACACUGCGUAAUGUCUUGGGUACCAAAAACCUGUCGGAAAUCCUCUCUGAAAGAGAGUCGAUCAGUCACGUGAUGCAGGCAAGUUUAGACGAAGCAACCGACCCCUGGGGUGUCAAAGUGGAGCGAGUUGAGAUAAAAGACGUUCGUCUGCCAGUACAAUUACAGAGGGCUAUGGCGGCUGAAGCCGAAGCUGCCCGAGAGGCUAGAGCCAAGGUGAUCGCCGCCGAGGGAGAGCAAAGAGCCUCCCGGAGCCUGAAGGAGGCCGCUGAGGUGAUCGCGGACACACCGUCAGCGUUGCAACUGCGUUAUCUGCAAACGUUGGCGUCGAUUGCGGCAGAAAAGAACUCCACCAUCGUGUUCCCCAUACCAAUGGAGCUGUUCUCCGGUUUUAUUGCUCACGAUCAGAGACACGAGACUCACCAUCAUGAAGGAGGGCCCAGCCCUCCUAUGGCACCGCCGUUGGAGAAGAAGGAACCGAUAGCAUAG